AAAAAGAAAAAAUCUACAUUGGGCUUUUUUUAAGGCCCACAAAAGUUGUGCUUCCUAGGAGACAGAACCAUGGUCAAUUGUGGUUCGUAAACAUAAGCCGCGAGUCUCGUCGUCUCUACACCGCCAUUGCUUUGCUUCCUCUAUUACCUCUCGUCACGUUCUCCAAUUUUGGGUUAUAACUUCUUCUACGCUCACCAAGAUCUUCAAUUGUCUACCUCUCUCUCUCUCUCUUUAGAGUCUUGAUGGUAAAAGCAUAUAAACAAGAGCAUGUGUACAAGCAUCCGUGGGAGCGGGUGAGUGCCGCCUCGUGGAGGAAGUUUGCAGAUCCUGAAAACAAACGCAUCCUUUCGCACAUCCUCGAAGUCGACACCUUGAACCGGAAACUUGACACUGAGACCGGGAAACUCCACACCACACGAGCCCUCACCAUCCAUGCUCCGGGGCCAUGGUUCCUUCACCGGAUCGUUGGCCAGGACAUCUGUCACUGUGUUGAAUCAACAGUUGUGGAUGGCAAAUCACGUUCUAUGCAGUUGUGUGUAGUUAGAAGGCAUAAACAACAAGGGGGUGAUUGGAUUAGUAGCAUCGAGCUGCUUACAACAAAGAACAUUAGUCUCAAAAAGUUCAUUGAAGUGGAGGAGAGGAUAAGAUAUGAUCCGCAUCCAGAGAAUCCGACGGCCUGGACGGUUUGUAGCCAGGAGACGAGCAUUCGGAUCAAACCCUUGUCAGCUCUGGCCUCGAUGGCUGAGAAAGUUGAGCAGAAGUGCGCCGAGAAAUUCAUGCAGAAUAGCGUCAAAGGCCGAGAGGUUAUGGAGAGGAUUUGUAAGUAUAUGGAAGCAGAAUCCGCUCCAAUCUAAAAGAUGCCAAGCUUUUUAGAUUCCAGUAUCUUUGGUACGUUUUGGAGCCAUGGUUAUAAUAAAUCCAUGAAACAGUCUAGAUCAAGCUACUGUUUUUUUUUUUUCAGCUACUUAUCUUGUUUGUGUUAGCAACUGAAUGUUGAGUUGAGAAGCUUUCUGUCCAAUUUUGAAUCUUAAUCCAGACCGAUGCAUUCCAGUGGCUCUACCUGGCUGCUCCAGUCGGGUCUGAGCGGAUUUGAUGCUAUUUUAUAUUUUAAUUUUAAAACUAAAUUAUUAGCGCUGAAAA